AUGAAGUGGGCUACUCUAUCAACGGCUCUGCUGCCUCUGGUCGCGGCCCAUGGCUUUACCCAUCAGCAGUAUGCCUCUGGAGAUGUCAUGGAUCUCAUGAUGAAGGGCAAGGAGGCUGCCUGGGCCAAGGAGCGUGCUGCCGGCACCUACGACAACAAGAGGUGGAAUGGCUUCUCCAAGAAGCGCGUGAAUAAGAACAAGAUCGAGUGCAAGCAUGGUCGUGUCGAGGCUGUCAAGGGUGACGCCGACCAGACCUACAAGUGUAAGAAUAUCGACUUGUACGACUUCAAGACGCACGAGGAGCUCGGUGACGGUGUGGGUGAGGGCAGUGGUUCAUGGGGUUGGUCGCACAGGGGCCGUGACUUCAUUGCCAUCGGCCAGACCUAUGGCGCCUCUUUCUCCGAGGUUACCAAGGAUGGCCAACUCGAGUACCUCGGUCGUCUACCUGCCAACAACGACUCUGUCAUUUGGCGUGAAAUCAAGGUUGUCAAGGAUCACCUCAUUGUCGGCUCUGAAGGUGUUGGUCACCAUGUCCAAGUUUUCGACCUGAAGAAGCUGCUCGGUCUCUCCCCUAAGAAGCCGGUCACCUUCGACAUCAAGACGGACGUUGCUCUCGUCGACAUCAACCAGGGUAUCAAGGGGCGUACUCACACCGUCGUCACCAACCCAGAGUUGGGCUACGCCGUCGCUUGCGGUGCUGGUGGACGUCCCGGCCGUAACGACACCUGUGCUGGUGGACCCAUGUUCAUCAACAUGGACGACCCCACCAAGCCCUACGUUGAGGGCUGUGCUGGCCAGGACGGCUACACCCACGAUGCUCAGUGCAUCGUCUACCGCGGCCCCCACAAGAAGUACUACGGACGCGACAUCUGCUACGGCUACAACGAAGACACCUUGACCAUCUACGACGUCACCAACAAGAAGGGCAUGGGUAAUGCUGGUGCCAUCAUUUCCCGUACACCCUACGUCGGCGCUUCGUACACUCAUCAAGGAUGGGUUCUUGACCCCAUGUGGCAAACCCAUCUUGUUAUGGAUGACGAGCUCGACGAAGGCCAGAUCGACCCGAACAGGACAGCUCCGGGAAGUCCCGCAGCCGAUGGGUACGCGGUGACGUAUAUCUGGGAUAUCCAGAACCUCGAGAAGCCUGUUGUCAGCGGUUUAUACAAGACCACAGUCCGCUCCGUUGAUCACAACCAGUACGUCUACGACGGUCUCAGCUACCAGUCCAACUACCAGGCCGGUCUCCGUAUUCUCGAUGUCUCUUCGAUUCCCAAGUUCCCCGAUGGCAGCAAGGUCAAAGAGAUUGCCUACUUUGAUGUUUUCCCCACUGAUGACGUUAAGCCCGGCGGUGGUGAUGCGCUCUGGAACGGCGGUACCUGGUCAGCUUACACCUUCAACUCUGGAUACGUGGUUGUCAACACGAUUGACCGCGGUGUGUUUGUUGUCAAGCAGUCUGAUGUCAAGGGCCUGAAGAAGGGCGAGGGUCAGUACUGGAACAAGCACUAG